AUGGACGCUCGGCCUUUCCGACCCCGUGGGUCAGAGAACAUUGUUCCUUCCAUACACCAUCGACAUAGAUCGACUGGAAACCUCACUUCUGUGCCUGCACCCGCUACCGGCUUCCGAGGACCAGCCAAACGCGCUGCCUUUGGCGAUGUCACCAACUUGACCAAGAAUACCGCGGGCGUUCGAGACGACGCGAAGGCGACCAAGGUUCAGUCCGUGGUGCUCCCUCCUCGUCACUCGCAUCCCGUGGGUGUGGUGAACAAGGAAAACAUCCCGUACAACAGCAAGGACGCUUUCUCGCGCCCUGCGCAACGAAACGCCGUCCUAGCCAGCAAACCCAAGCCGGUCACUGACGCCCGGCCGCCCGAGGCAGCAAAGCGGCCCGUGGCGUCCGCCGGCUCUCUCGACACACGCGACUACCCAGGCCAGGGCGAUUUAGUCGUUCCACAACAGAAGGGUCUGACCGAGGCCGACAAAGCAGCCGACCUGUUGAUUUCUCAGGCGCUCAACGAGGGCCUGCCUCUGCAGCCGCGACAUCACAAAAGCCAGCCGCAGUUGAAACCGCAACAGCCAACCCUGCGCCGGACUCAAAGCAGGCAGCUCGAGCGGGUAGACGUGGCGGCCACUGAUCGGACAGCGAAUGGAAGCAUCGACGAGAUAGGCACUCUCUCCCGCCUGGGCGACCGCACCUCCGCCUAUCCUCCACUGCCCUACACUGCCGGCACCUACGAUCCUCUGCCGGAGCCGAACCACAGCGAGGCAUACGUCGACGUGCACGCCAGGCUGCCUGAAAUCUCGGAGGAGCCUUACCACUCCGCCGUUUCGUACCGAGAAGGCCAGACGCCUGGUCUUUCAGAGCCUGAAGAGUGGGACGAGGAAGACGACGAGGACUACGACGACCAGGACCAGGCCUACACGACCGCGCAUUCGUUCCGGUCGCGCGACCUCACUACUGGCGGUGUUACAACACUUUUGGCCCCCCGGAUCACCUCUCGCGUGCAGCGGGAGCUCGAAGAGGCCAAGAUGGAGGUUGAGCGAACCCGCCCCGCGGAGGACAUCGAGGACGAGAUGUGGGAUAUCAGCAUGGUUGCCGAAUAUGGCGACGAAAUUUUUGAGUAUUUCCGAGAGCUCGAGAUGAAGUUGCUCCCGAACCCUCACUACAUGGAGAUCCAGACCGAGAUUCAGUGGUCGAUGCGAUCGGUCCUGAUGGACUGGCUGGUGCAGGUGCACAAUCGGUUUAGUCUGCUGCCUGAGACGCUCUACCUCACGGUCAACUACAUCGACCGCUUCCUCUCUUGCAAGGUCGUCUCCAUCGGCAAGCUGCAGCUGGUCGGAGCGACGGCGAUCCUGGUGGCGUCCAAGUACGAGGAGAUCAACUGCCCCUCGCUGGAGGAAAUCGUCUAUAUGGUAGACGGCGGCUACAGCGUGGAGGAGAUCCUCAAGGCUGAGCGCUUCAUGCUCAGCAUGCUGGGCUUCGAGCUCGGAUGGCCGGGACCUAUGAGCUUCCUCCGGCGCGUCAGCAAGGCGGACGACUACGACCUGGACACGCGCACGCUGGCAAAGUACUUUCUCGAGUUGACCAUCAUGGACGAGCGCUUCGUCGCCUCGCCGCCCAGCUUCCUGGCUGCCGGGGCCCACUGCCUGUCGAGGCUGAUUCUGAACAAGGGUGACUGGACCAAGCAGCAUGUCCACUACUCGGGGUACACGUGGGUGCAGAUCAAGCCGCUCGUCACCAUGAUGAUUGAGUGCUGCGAGAACGCCGCCCUGCAUCACUCGGCCGUCUACGAGAAAUACAAGGACAGACGGUUCAAGGAGGCAUCGAAGGUUGUGCAGCGGGCCCUGGACGCGGGCUUCAAGCUGCCGCAUCAGAACAUCCCCGUCCGCGCCAGCCGCUCGCGACCGGUCCGCGUCGAGCAGCAUUCUACUGAGUGCGCCUCCUACACAAACGGGCUCCUGGUUUCCACCGAAGGAUGA